UUUGCUCAUUUCCAGCAACUAAAAGAACAAGAAGAAACAAGGCAAAACAAGCCCUACUCUGCACUUUUUAGUUCUCCCUCCGGUCGGAGAGGUUCGGCGAUCAGUGUGGUCUCAAGUCUUCAUCACUCUCUCUAUUCGACUGAAAUAUCCUUAAUUUAUCUCCGUGCUAUCAGUGAAGAAGGCUGAUUGAUUGAAAAAUUCACCUGAUUUUUGUUUUCUUCUGGGAUUGAUUUUAAACACUAGAAUGCUGGUGGAAGUCAAGACUCUAAUGAUUUACAUUUCAAGGCAAGAAUAAUCUCAGUAGUCUUUGGGAGUAGUGGAAUCUUUGAGGAGUUUCUGUGAAGAUAUGGAUGGGAACAGGGGACCAUUUUUUAAGAAAUUUAGUAACCCCCAAUUUAAGAAAAAGGGUGGCAACAAGAGAGGAAAAUGGCAUAAUUCAAGUCAUCAACAACCUUACGGAGAUUUUGAUGCUUCAGACACUGUUUAUCGGAUACUCUGUAAUUCUAGAAAGAUUGGUAGUGUUAUUGGAAAAGGUGGUGGCAUAGUCAAAGCCCUUAGAGAAGAGACAAAUGCAAAGAUUACUGUUGUAGAUUCUGUCCCUGGCUCAGAUGAGAGAGUCAUAAUCAUCUACAGUCCUUCUGUGAAAAUCUCCGGAAAACACAACAGUGAUGAGGAUCCAGCCACGGGGAAAGAAGAUGAUCUCUCGGAUCCAGAUUGCCCAGUCCAAGAUGAAAAAGAUCUCAUGGAGCCACAUUGCCCAGCCCAAGAUGCUCUAUUAAAAGUUCAUGACAGGAUUAUUGAGGAAGACCUUGUUGGUGAUAUGGAUGAUGGAUCUGAUAACGAAAAUGUGGUCACUGCACGCCUUCUUGUUCCAAAUAAUAUGGUAGGAUGUCUUCUAGGUAGAAAAGGAGAUGUUAUUCAGAGAUUACGAAGUGAGACUGGUGCUAGCAUUCGUGUUCUUCCUGAAGAACAUCUUCCUACCUGUGCUAUGAACACUGAUGAAUUGGUUCAGAUAUCGGGAAAACCAGCAGUGGCAAAGAGGGCUCUCUACGAAGUGUCCACUCUGUUGCAUCAGAAUCCACGCAAGGACAAAACUCCUUUCAGUUUCCCUAUGCCCUAUAAGGGCCAAGGUUUUCAUCCUCCUGGUCCUAUCAUGCCAAAUAUGCACCCUCCAGGAAAUCCAAUGUGGUCUCAGCGGAAUCCUAAUCCCCGUGGUAUACCACCAAUACCAUGGACUGGGGGAAACGGGGACCGUUCUCCCGGAUUUGGGCGAGCUGGUUAUAAUAGUGUUCCUGAUGCACACAGUGGGGAAGCUCCAAGUGAGUUCUCUAUGAAAAUUUUGUGCCCUGCUGGGAAAAUUGGUGGAGUAAUUGGCAAGGGAGGCUUUAAUGUAAAACAGUUGCAGCUGGAGACAGGAGCUAGUAUUCAUGCUGAGGAUCUUUCAGCAGAAUCGGAGGAACAUGUGAUUCGGGUGUCUUCUUUUGAGGCAAUGUGGAACCAAAGAUCACAAACUAUUGAAGCCAUUCUUCAGCUUCAAAACAUAACAAGUGAAUACUCUGAAAAAGGAAUUAUUACUACUAGACUUCUUGUUCCAUCAAGUAAGGUUGGCUGCAUUCUUGGACAAGGAGGUCAGGUUAUCAAUGAGAUGAGGAGGAGAACCCAGGCGGACAUAAGAGUCUACUCCAAGGAGGAUAAGCCUAAGUGUGCAGCGGAAGAUGAAGAACUUGUGCAGAUAUCUGGUAACUUUGGUAUUGCUAAAGAUGCUCUGGCAGAGAUUGCAUCAAGACUUAGAUCAAGAUGUCUGCGAGAUGCAAAUGCUGGACCAAGACCUGGUCCUGAUAGGCCAGUUCAAAAUUUUGGGCAUGCAGAAAGGUUACCUGGUGGAGGGCAACAUCCAUCUGGCACCAUAAGAGCUGGCAGCUCCAGUGGAUACGAACUUGAAAGGGGUGGUAGAUACGGAUACGGACCUUCGAGUUAUCCAGUUCCUCCAAGUGGUACCGGAUACCCAAACGUCAACAGCUCUAUGGAGAUGAAAUUUCUGAACAACGCUGUACGUCCUGUUGUUGGAACGGGAAGGAGCAACAUUGGUGAGAUUGCUGGGACUAGGGUGAAGCUUCAAGAUCCUCAAUCUGGUAAUUCUGAAUGCAUUGUUGAGAUCCGUGGGUCAUCUGAGCGUUUGAAUGCCGCUCAUAGUAUCCUUCAGUCCUACACCGCUUCUGCCGGACAAAACGUCAAUCCUAUACAAAGCUCCUAUGAAUACGCCGAUGAUCAGCGAAGCACAUACCCAAACAUUAAUACACAGCAACAAGCCCCUUACCAGAACAUCAAUACACAGCAACAAGCCCCUUACCAGAACAUCAAUACACAGCAGCAAGGCCCUUACCAGAGCAUCUAUGCUCAACAUGCUCCCUACCAGCACAUUAGUUCGCAAGGUUCGUAUCCAUACUGACUCUAGAUUUGGGUAUCUUUGUAGCAUAAUGUGCUCAAGUGUUUCCUUAUUUGAUAAAUGUUGUCGGCGUAUCACCACAUUAACCGGAUGCUUUGAGGUAGUUUUUGAAUACUUGAGCUUCUCCUAUUGGGAGAUCAUACAUGUCCUGUAUUUUAAUGGUGUAUGGGCUUCAGAAAUACCCCUCAGUAUAUUCUGAUUCCUGUAUGAGAAAAUCGAACAUUUGAUUAUCAGUUAUUGUAUUUAGAUUAGUUAUAUCUGCUUUAGGGGUGGAACAAUGAAAAUGAAUUGAUUCUAAGCAAAGUCCUUCCAUUUUAUUUAAAUAGAGUUUGAAUUAGCUAUAUCAUUUUGUA